AUGGAGGAAACGGCGGAUGGGAGGCAGCCCGUGGAAGACUUGAGCAGCCAUACUGGCGACAAUAAUUCAGUGCCAUCUUCUGACUAUGGAAAUGUGGAGCUUAGAAAUGAACCCAGGACGAGUGAUGCUGCUACUCAAGACCAAGUGGAUAGCCCCGAACAAAAUGGUCCUCUCGAAGGUCAUGAGAUAUUAGAGUUGAUGAUGCCAACGUUCUCUGGGAAUGAAAGAGACGAGUUUGGCAGAGCAUCAGUCCCUCCCCACUUUCUCCUCCUCGAUCGCAUAUCAGAAGGUCAACAACCAGCCAGUCGAGCCCAGCUACUCAAUUUACCUGUCGAGAUCCUAGCUCUCAUCGUGGAGAAAAUUCAUGCCGAUGCGCUACCAUCACUUGCCUUGGUCAACAGUGACUGCAGGCAAUUAGCUCGUUCGCGACAGUUUGGAUGCCUGCUCUUAGAUUAUAGCGACCGAACAAUGCACAUUAUCCAGAAGCUGGAUUCAGAAUUUACAGAAAGAACAGAGAAAAACGGCCUUCCGAGUAAGCCUGCCCUCGGGCCAUGCAUUCGUCGCAUAACGGUGGCUACUCACCCCGGAUGGCUUUCGCACCGUCAUAACAUCGGACUCAGCGAAGAGUUCCGUGAUCUACCAAGAGCUGAGCAAUCCAAACGACUGAAAGCGGCAUGCGACGUCUUUUUCGGUUCAUAUAUGCCGAUGGUGGAGUCGCUGGUCUCUCAUCGUGCGACAUUGCCCCACCUCGAACGUCUCUCGUUGACAGAUCGUGUGACCUUACGACCAGCAUUACUCAACGCUAUAGCCAAUUCAUCAGUCCAGCAGAUCAGUCUUGAUCGUCAUUAUGUCGACGAGGACUUCAUGGUUGCUCGGCCCGUUGCCCAGCCGUCUGGAUCGUGGCCGCUCACCACUUUGCACCUCGAAGUUAUGCCAUCAUUCUUCAUCAAGUCCAAGGCACUCCAUCUCUCUAAGUUCUGUACCAGCAUACUACAGAUAUGUGCGCCGACACUGGAAUGCUUGACAUGGGCAGACUGUACCAAUCAGAAAUUCCAAGGGAAUCUCGCAGGCAUGAUUCCCAACUUCCCGGCAUUACGUUACCUACGGCUUACCUACCUUCAACUCGCCGACGCGUUGCUCCUCGAAAAGCUCGUUACUGACAAACUCAAUAAUUUAGCAAUUAACACUUCGGCAAGUCCAGCUAUAGAGGAAUUCUUUGAAACUCGUAGCUGCAUACCCUCUUUGAAAUGCUUUGUCUGGGCCAACUUCCCUGGGAGGAUUCAGUCGCUCGCAUUCUUGGAAGCCAACCCGCAAAUCAACACACUCCAUAUGACGUAUCAACAGCCUGAAUGCGUUCUCAAUGAUCAAAUCUUGCCUCUACUGACGAGCUCCUUUAUGCACCUGACGUCACUGAGUCUCACAUGGGAUGCCAAGAGCAUCUCUGCUCAUGCUUUGGAGGUCAUUUCCCACAUCAAGACUCUAUCCCAACUCCGCUUGAGUGCUGGCUUCCAGGCUGGCUGGCGCCACGACUGGCUGAUUGAUCACAGCCUAAUGCGAAGCAAACUUUCACACUUACCACUCCUACGCAAGCUUGCCUUCAGUCGAGACUCGUAUAACGACAACCUCUCGUUAAACUGCGAGAGCUACUACUCUUCCCGCUGCAUCUUGCUGCCAGGAUCGUAUGACAUAGCUUACGAUGAUGAGUUUGAGCGUGUCCACCGGCAACUAAUCUUAGCAGAGGCGGAAUCGUAUACAUCACAAAUGCCAACGAUUGAGUGGUUGUACUUUGGCCAGCUUCCCAUGGCGGUUGAGGACCCCCGAAAGAAGAAAGGAAGCCGGUUUAUAAGAUUUCUUACGGAGGAGAGAGAUGAUUGCUGGACGCUACUAAACCACAUGUUUGGGUGGAAAGAUGUACUUGAGGAAUAA